AUGAAUAAAGCAGACACAGUCGAGAACAUGGAAAACAGCACCUUUCACGGAAGCUGUCUAUGCACGGCAGUGAGAUUCAGCGUCCAGGGCAAUCCCGAGAAGGUAUUCAUCUGCUACUGCCAAGAUUGUGUGAAGAACUCUGGAACCCCAUACCAGCUUUGCGCCAAAUAUCAUAGAAGCCAGCUGCACAUUGAAGGCAGCGGCGACGGAUACAUCGGCACCUGGGUUGUUACCAAGACCACCAGUGGAGCAGAAAAACAUAAGAAAUUCUGUACCCAAUGCGGCUGUACCUUAUGGACAGUUCCUAUGAAUCAUGCGGGCGAAAAUGUCAUUGUGCGUGCGGCUCUCACUGAUGACGGAUGCAUUGGCUUGCCAUAUCAAGAGUAG